CCUCUAGUAUCAAACUAUUAAAGUCUAACUUUUUUUCAACUUUGUCUCUUCUAUUUCAAUCUCCGACUCUGAUGACUGUCUGUCUCGCGGUGAAUGAUCGGAUGGACUACUGUAUUGGUCCUGUCCAAGGAACGCCAUUUUCUGACUCAACGACAUUCGCACAAACUAUACUUCUGAGAUCAAUGUGAAAACACAAUUAUUAAGUAUCUAUGAUCGGUAUUGAUAGCUUAAUCUUUUUACUUGAGUUUUUUCCUUUGGUGAGACAGUCGAGUCCAAAGUGCAGAAAAUUGUUACUACAAUAUAUAUAUAUACUAUGUGAUUAAUAAGAGUAUUAAGUCAGCUGGAUUACAAAAAAUGAAUCAAUGAAUUGACAAUGUUUGGAUAUAAGGACGACAAGCUAAGAUAUCUACGAGCAAUAUCGUUUAGAAACUUAUAUCUGAAACAUGAUAAAAUUGAUGGAGAUUUUAAUCAUCAUUUGAAAUCAAUUAAUGUAAAUUCCACUACCCUGAAAUCUGGUAGACGAAAUAGUAUACUACCGAAUUUUGAUAAUAUAGAGACUCAAGAAGGUGGAUUAGAAUUAUUAAAUAGAAAUAAUAGAACUUUAUUGGAUACUUUUUAUAGUUUACAUUUAGUAAUUGAACGUAAUGAGGAUAAACUUAUUUAUGUUAGUGAAAUUCAAUAUUGUGAUAUGAGUCCAAAUUUUUCAAGUAUAUCAUUACCAUUCAUACCCACAACAUCUCAAAGUCAUAAGAUUAUAGUCAAACUAUGGUAUAGACUGAUAUUUAAUGCCAUUGACUCGACUAAUGAUGAUUCAUGGAAUUUAUUGUCAGUAUAUAAAAUCAAUUUAAGAAAUCUCGUCUUUCUAGGUCAUUCAUUAAAUAUUGACGAUGAUUAUUUUAAUUAUAAUUCAAUGGUUUUGAAUCUAAGUGGAAGAUUCUAUACCUUACCAGAUUCAUUAAAAAUUAAUAUUAAUCAGCUUAAAUUAUCCAAGAAGAAACGAAGACAAACUUCUCGAGAGAAAUUAAUUUCUAACUCAUAUUCGUAUGAUUCCAUACGAUCAAUUCUAAAGUUAUCAAAAUCAUUAAAAGAGUUACAUAUGGUCAAGCAUAAUCUAUUAAUUCAAUUUUCAGAAGCAGUUCAUUCAUUAAAAAAAAGUUCUGGUAUAGAAACUCUAGAAGAACUGAUAGGAAGAUUGCGUUUCAAAAUUGGCAUAUUAGAAAAAUCACUUCUGAAACAAAAGACUGUAAACGAAAACCUCAUAGCUGAGAUUUUAAGAACAAAGUUAAAUAUAAAUGAAUUAAAAGAAUUAAUUACGGAUAGAGCUGCAAAAAUUCAAGAAAUAGCUGAUAACCUGGUUGAAUUACUCCUGGCAGAACUAGAACCAAUAGAGGAGAAUUUAGGAACUUAUGUAUUUCCUUCGAUAAUGUCACAAAUUCUGUUAUUUGCGAAAGUAUUAAGAGAAGUAUUUGAAAUAGAAAAUAUAGACAAUUCUGUUCGAUUCUCAAUAUUGGGGUUAGAGUUUCCAUCGAAUGUUAAUGAAAUGCUUGAUAUCUGUUACUAUGGUGAUUCUAAUUCUAAGCCACUAAGUCGAUAUAAAGAUGUUUCAGGAAACAUAAAUAUUGAUCCUAGAGAAGCCAAUAUUUGUCAAAUAAAUUCUGGUUUGGCAUAUAUUGUUCAAGUUAUGAAUAUCAUUGCCAAUAUAACUAAUUGCGAUUUAAAGUAUAAGAUGUUGGUUUUAUCGGACUCAAUCAUUAUACUAGAUCCUACGACUGAUCAAAUUAUAGAUCUUAAAAAUCAGAAACAAUCCAAUAUACAAGAUCAAGUAACUGAAUAUUUGUUAAAUUACGAUGGUACUAAAACAGAACGAAUUGCAAAUGAUCGAGUUCAAAAUGAUUCAAGAAAAUAUAUUUAUAAGAAUCAGAAUUUUGAACAUGCUUUGAAUUUACUUAAUAAAAACUUAGUAUUUCUAAUUAAUAAUACUACGGGUACUUAUAAUAAUUAUCAUCGGGUAUCCACAAAUGCCAAUUUUUCUAAUAAUAUUCCAGUUGAUUGUUUAGAUAACUUCUUGUGGAAUUUGCAGUAUUUACUUCUAUUCUUAACAGCUCCUGUUGAUCAAGAGUGAUGCAAAAGUAUAUUUCAACUCUUUUUCAAUUCUAGAAUAUCUCUGAAAUAUAUAUUAAAAGUUAUAGACUUAUAUAAUGCCUAUGUAAACUACAAAUGGCCUAAUUAGGAAAUAGAGUUAUCCUCGUCUAUGCAGACUAGCUUCCCAAUUGGGAAAGUGCGACCUAAAGUAGACAAGUUUUGUUCAAAAAUUGCAAAUUGUGCUACCAACGAUUUUUGUAUUAUACUUAUACGAGAGAAGUUCUAUAAGUCAAUGUGUCAAGAAAUCAGCAAUCUGUGGAUAAAUUAUUCA